AUGGUUCGUGUUCUCAAGCCUUUCAGUGCGGUCAUCGCGACCGUGCUUUCCCUCGGUCUCGCUGCCGCCGAUACUGCCACCGUGUCGGUCCUCGGCGAUGCCACCUACACGAUCCCGUCGUCCCGCGGAGCUGUCUGCAAGGGUGAAGGUGCCUACUCAAGUGGAACGGCUUGCCCUCUCAAGGGUGACGUUGCCAGCGACAACUGCAGUGAAGGACUCCCGUCAUACACGUACGGCCAGUGUGUUGCUCCCAAGGAUGCACAGUGCGUCAUUGUUUCCGGCACUACGUGGGGCUGUGCCUAUCCGGAAGAUGAAGGCUCGGUUGACACCGAUGCGCCUUGUGCGAGCGCAGAGCAGAGUGCUUCCGGUGAGGUUGAGACGCCCUACCAGUCUGCUCCUUCUGGGUCUGGCUAUGGCGAUGUUGAAGUGACCUACCCGGUUGAGGAGACGUACCCGAAGGAGGACGAGGUCACUUUCCCGUACGAAAGCAACUACCCUGCGUCCACCCCGUGCGCUACUAAGGGCAAUGAACACGCGUACGACACGCCCAGCCCUACUCUUUCUUACCCCGACGAUAACGAAGAGGGUUACCCAACCGAGGCCACCCCGUACUCGACCCAAACUCCGAGCUACAACGCUGGAGAGGGAGCUUAUCCCACGGAGGCUACCCCAUGCCCAACGCACAACGAAGAGGGUGGCUAUCCAACUGAGACCCCAUCAUACCCGACGGAAGCCACCCCGGAGACUACCCCUACCAAGGAGGAUUACCCUAAGGGAGACUACCCUACGGGCGAGUACCAUCAUGGCGACUCUUACGAUACGGUCAACACCCCCUGCCCUACAUCGAAGGAUGGCCACCACGAUAGCAACCCCAAUGCCUACGAGCACACGGAGAAGCCGAGCUACGAGCAUACCGACAAGCCAACCUAUGAGCACACAGAGAAACCAACCUACGAGCACACGGAGAAGCCGAGCUACGAGCACACGGACAAGCCAACCUAUGAGCACACCGACAAGCCAACCUACGAGCACACGGAGAAGCCGAGCUACGACAAGCCAAACUACGAGGACACCGGCGCCAGCGGUUCUGUCGACGCCCCGUGCUUGUCGGGCACGUCUUCCAACGACUACGAGGUCCACAGCGAGGUCGAUGAUGACAGCAAGGACAAGUACCCGUCAAAGUACCUUCGUGGCAGCAGCUACGGCAACUCGGAGGAUGCGUCUGGAGACUGCCAAAAGACUGGAAGCGAAGGCUACUCUUCAGUGGACGGAGAGGAGAGCAAGGCAGGCAGUGAAUACGCCACGCCUGACCCGUAUGAGGGCAACUACAGCAGCGCUGGAUCGGAGGUUGAGGGCAGUUACGACGAGUACCAGAGCUACAGCAGCUCGGUCGAGGAAGGAGGGAGACCACCGGCUCCAGGGGUACACAUCCUGCCCCCUGGCCCCUCUGCACCAGAGGGAGGAGAACACCGCUCCAGGGGUACACAUCCGCCUCCCGAAGACAACACUGCACCAGAGGAGGAGACUACCGCCCCAAAGGAGGAGACUCCCGCUCCAGCCUACACAUCCGCCCCUGAAGACACCAACGCACCAGAGGAGGAGACUACCGCCCCCGAGGAGGAGACUACCGCUCCAGCCUACACGACCGCUCCUGAAGAGGAAACAACUGCUCCUGUGGACACACUGCCCAAGGAGGACACGACGGCUCCAGUGUACACGUCCGCCCCCACCCCUGCUCCUGCAUACACGUCCGACCCAGCUGAGGACGAGGCUCAGAUUCUGGUCGCCCAGGACGACGCCGCCACUUACCCCCCAAUGGAUGUCGUCUUCUAAAGCUGUUGACCCUCCUUCAGCGUGAAGACCGGACCAACUUUUAUAUUUUGCAUGCAGAUAUUUUGAAUGUCUUCGGGUCUCAACGCCCAGCUGAA